UGCGCGCGGACACAUUUCUGUGGUUUCUUUUGUGAGCGUGACGCACAUCGCUGAUCCAUUGAGUGCAAAGUAGACGUUUGAUUGAUUGCCAAUGCAGCGGAUGGAGCACCAGUCCGCUCACAGCAUCUUCCUCUGGUCCUGAGUGUAAACUAAAGACAAACCUUUCCAACUCCUUGUGUCUGCAGGCUGCAUUAUAAGAACACGUUUAGAAUCCAGUUUAUCUGGACUCAAAACCCUAUAAAGUUUAAUCCAGAGUAACUUUUAAAUAUAUUUUAUACCCUUUUAAUCCCCUCAAUUUGAAACCUAUACCUUUUCUAUACAACUCUUGUUGAUUUGCUGUUGGAAUCUCUAUCAUGGAUCCACAUCUAUCUUGGAUACAACCAGAACAAAAAGGUCCAGCAAAUGCUGUUUGGAUGCAGAUAUGGGAGAUGUCCCAAGAUGUGCACAACUCACAUAAUGGAGAAGCGCCACCUGAUUCUGCAAAGCUAGGCCAAGCUUUAAGUCCUGAAAUCUCAGAUGGAUCUCGUACUCGCUCAUCCGAUCUAGGUCUUCAUGCUGGCAAAUUAAAUAUGUAUGAUAAAGCACUUCAGUCCAGUCCUCAUUCUCACCCAGUCACCCCCAGGUCUUUCUCACCUGAAGAUCUGAAUGAAGAUGAUGUCCCAGUGGUUGCUGGCUGUGCUUUGCCUCCAUCUACAACCUUUCAGGCCUAUGGAUAUUCUCUUUUUUCAAGACCGCAGAGAAAUGCCUCAGUGUCCUCUUUUUGUUCAUCUUCUGAUUAUGGUACUGAUAUUUGUAGGUGUUCCUCACCUGCUGGUAAUGGAUUAGACCAUGUUCAUGGCUCACCAAGUUUUUCAAUCCCUGGUCCGAUGCAGUGCGGUUAUUAUGACAACGUGUUUAAUGACACUAUGUAUAGUCAGUGUACAAACUCUACCAAUUUUGGGCAGAGGCCAGAUUGCCCUCUUUUGGACAAUGGAGACCUGCAUCACCAAAUUCUCGAUCACAUUUCUGUUUGCAAUGAACAGUCCCGUUUUUAUCGUGGUGUUCGACGUAAGCAAGGAAAUAAAACAAGCACUUUUGGCACAAACUUUCUCCUAGCUGAAGGACUAAGUGGAGGGGCACCCUGGAUAGAAGGCCGAAACUACUUGCAGUGUUUCAGUGGCACUCCAUGGAAAAGGAAGCAAUAUGGACCUGGCAUGCAGGGACUGCAUGAAGAAAUCGUAGAAUUUCAUGAUUUUAUAUCUCCAAGACCUGAAGAAGUUGCUAUGAGAAGAGAAGUAGUGAAUCGAAUUCAGAUGGUUAUAAAGGAUCUGUGGCCUUCAGCAGAAGUCCAGAUCUUUGGAAGUUUUAGUACAGGUCUUUAUCUGCCAACAAGUGACAUAGAUCUUGUUGUUUUUGGAAAGUGGGAUCACCCUCCCUUGCAACUGUUGGAACAAGCACUACGCAAACAAAAUAUUGCAGAGCCUCAUUCCCUCAAAGUUCUGGAUAAAGCAACGGUGCCAAUAAUUAAACUUAUGGAUCAGGAGACAGAGGUCAAAGUGGACAUCAGUUUUAAUGUUAGAACUGGUGUGAAAGCAGCUCAGUUUAUAAGGGAUUGUAUACAGGAAUAUCCAUUGCUUCCCUAUUUGAUUUUAGUGUUAAAACAGUUUCUACUUCAAAGAGAUCUAAAUGAAGUUUUUACUGGAGGAAUAGGUUCUUAUAGCUUGAUUUUAAUGGCAAUUAGCUUCUUACAGUUGCACCCUAGAAUUGAUGCCAAAAGGACCAGCGAGAAUCUUGGUAUGCUUCUGGUGGAGUUCUUUGAACUGUAUGGAAGAAAUUUUAAUUACUUGGAAACUGGAAUUAGGAUUAGAAAUGGAGGUGCUUACAUUGCAAAGGAAGAAAUCAUGAAAGCUAUGACAAGUGGACCCAAGUUAUCUAUGCUCUGUAUUGAGGAUCCUUUGCUUCCCGAAAACGAUGUUGGAAGAAGCUCUUAUGGAGCUAUUCAAGUACAGCAAGCCUUUGAUUAUGCUUACCUUAUGCUAUGCCGUACAGCAUCUCCAAUUGCAAGAUCAUGUUCUAACAGUGAUUCUGAAAGCAUGUUGGGGAGAAUAAUCCAAAUGACUCAAGAGGUGCUGGACUAUAGAGAGUGGAUAAAGAAGAAAUGGGGAACUAAAAUCGAUUCAUCUAAGUGUGGUAAAGGAAAGAGAGAAGCACAGUCAGCAACCUUCAGAGGCUCCACAGUUUGUAACAUGUUACACUUAUCUUCUGAUUCAAAUGGUUUUUCAUCAUCUUGCUCACACAAUGAUACAGGUAGUUGUACCAUCAAUGCCAUGCCUGUUGGUAUAUGUCCAUCUCCUGGCAUCCAAGCUGGCUUUAAGCAGAUCUCAUUGAAAGCAGAUUAUGCAGAUUAUCCUGCUGUUCAUUCAACUAUUAUCCAUGCUAAAUCAAGUCCUCAUUAUUACAAGAAACAUCUCUGUGGACUAAGGUAUAGUCAAAUCCUAACCGAUGGGCAAGAAGUAAACUAUGCUGGGAGUGAAAAACAAUCUGUUGUAAAUAGAAGAAAUUAUCACAAUAAACGUAGCAACUGGAAGAAGCAAAAAAAACAAUCAAUAGAAAACUUUCCUGUAAGCGUUAGCAGAUGAUUGACAAUAUUAACCAAAAGCAAUUUCUGUAUUCAUGUCCAAUAUUCUGUUUGUGUGAAUUUGUAAUUGUUUCAUGUGUGGGAAUUUAAUUUGCAACUUGUAAUGACCUUUUUGCAGACUUCCACUGAAUGAGCAUGCUGGUAAAUUUCACUUACUUUUUGGGGGGGAAUUUGAUACCUAUAAACAGUUCUACAGUAUGUUCUAUGUUAGAAUAUCUCUUGUUAAGAUUUUUUCCCUGUUUAGUUUGGGAUAUUGUUUUUAAUUGAGAGAAGUCUUGCAAAGCGCAUACAUUUUUUUUUCUUGCAUUCCCUUCUUGUACAUACUAUAUUUUAACAUGUUUCUGCAUUGAGUUUUUUAAUCUCAUUAAUAAUUAAACUUUUAAUCUUU